GUUCUUUGUCCACGCAUACUUCCCAACACCCAUGGUAAAUCCCCAGUACUCCCUCGGAGAUCGCGAUCCUGCAAUUAGCAACUCAGCAUCUCCCGGCCGAAAGAGCUGUAUCAAUUUCACAUGUUAUCCCUCGAGUCCGCCAUCCCCACACAAUUCAAUCCAUAUCACUCAGGGCCACCUCGGAUCUGAAUACGUGUAUAUAACACCAAAGACAUCCAUCCCAUAUCCUCGCGCAAAUAACCCUAACUCGCCUCCUAUAUACAGCUCACACUGACUAUACCCAAUACACACUCCAGAAAUAUGACAUCCCGCAUCGGCAUAAUCGGCGUCGGCCCCGUCGGCGCCGCCGCCGCCUACGCCCUGCUCUUACAACACGUCGCACGCGAGCUAUGGCUCGUCGACGUUAAGCUCGACCGCCGCGACGGCCAAGUCCGCGACCUGGCCGACGUCGCCGCUGUUGUUGCAGACCCCGAAUCCCCGGGGGGUGGGGCCGGGGCCACCGUGCGCGCCGCGACGCACCACGAAGUCGCCGCGGAGUGCGAUGUCAUCGUCAUCACCGCGGGAUCGAAGUAUACCAUCGGAGAAACAAGCAUGCAGCACCUCUACCGCAAAGUGUCGAUCGUGCGGAGCAUCGUCGCGGCCAUGCAGCCCAUCCGUCGGGAUGCGGUGCUCUUAGUGGUGUCGAACCCGGUGGAUUUGUUGACCUCCCUGGUGAAGAAGAUGGCGGGGCUGCCGGCGGGGCAGGUGCUGGGGACGGGGACGGAGCUUGAUGGCGUGCGGUUGCGGGCCUUGGUGGCGGCCGAGAUGAGGACCUCCGCAUCCUCUAUCAACCUCAACGUCGUCGGCGUCCACGGCCCCUCCCAACUCGCGACCUGGUCCACCGCCACAAUCAACGGCAAAUCCCUCCACCCAACGCUCCUCAGCACCCAUCACCCGACGCUUCUCGCCGACGAGUGCAAGCGGCGGUCCGAGGCCAUCGUUCAUUCCAAGGGGUCGACGGAAUAUGGCAUCGCGGCGGUGAUCGCUCGGCUCUGCGCGGCUAUUCUAGAUGAUAAACAGAGCGUCCACGCGGUGAGUCAUCUCCAGGCGGAGUUCGGGUGCUGUUUUAGUUUGCCGGCGGUAUUGGGAAGGGAAGGGGUCGUGCGGACGGGGGCAGUGGAACUGAAUGAGGGGGAGAGAGCGGAGAUGGAGAGGAGUGUCCGGCUGUUGAGGGGGCGCAUUGGGUCCGUGGAGGGGGAUGGUGUUGUUUGAAUUUGGGUGGUUUGGGGUCAUGGGCUUUCUUUGUGGUGGCGUAGGAUGGUGUUUGUAG